AUGCAACUGCUGUUGGUGUGUGUACCUUUGUAUAUGAUUGCGGCGUUCUUUCUUGGUGCUUCAAUAACUGCAGGAAUUUUUGUACUCCACGUAGCGGUAGCACCUUUAAUCUUCAAGUAUUCAAAGACAGUUCAGCGUAAUAUGAUAUUUGCAAAUUUCGCACAAUGGCCCUGUCACAACUACGAAGAUCCAGUUUCUUGCGGUAUUGAAGGAGCUUUAAAUAUCACCAUUAAUUACAAUUCCAAGGUGGACAAUUGCCCAAUACAACUUGGAAUUUGGCAUAUUCUAGCAAAGAGUUCAUACGACAAGAUUAAAGGAAGCUUUGGAAGUAGUGAUAACAAUGAAUUGCGUAAACAAUUUGAAAAUGAAUUGACUAACUCCAAACAUCCCAUUAUACUUUACUGUCAUGGCAAUUCAAAUUCGCGUGCCGCAUCGCACAGAAUACUGUUAUACAAAUUCUUUCAAAAAAUGGACUUUCACACGAUCGCGUUCGACUAUCGAGGCUAUGGCGACUCAACAAGUAUUAUCCCAACGGAAAGGGGGGUAGUUGAAGAUUCCCUCAACGUGUACGAUUGGAUUAACAAUGCUAUUACGAAUAGUAAAGACAGACCGCCUAUUUUCAUUUGGGGUCAUUCUUUAGGUACGGGCAUCUCGUCCCACCUCGUUGGGAACCUUCCAGAACUCUCUCAGACGGUUCUGGACCGCCAGCAGCCGUUGCCCCAAGCCAACGGACUAAUACUGGAGGCACCGUUCAGCAAUUUGGCCGAUGCUGUCACACACCAUCCACUAACUUCGCUAGUAAGAUGGUUACCAUACUUCGACAACACAUUCGUAUCUCCGUUCAAAUCCAACGAAGACUAUUGCUUCAAGUCAGACACACACUUGGCGAAAGUGAAGGAUUUGCCAGUAAUGAUAUUGCACGCUAAGGACGACGUAAUUAUACCUCAUGUUGUUGGUGUUAAGCUAUACAAUUCGAUACUAGAAUCAAGAGAUAAUGACAGUUCAAAAUUGAAACUUCAUUCGUAUGAAACACAAGCGAGCUUAGGACAUAAAUUUAUAUGUAACGCGGAGGAUUUACCUCAAGUAGUUGGAGACUUCAUUUCCAACCAUCGCUAG